CCGACAUUUACUCGCUCCAACUUUACGUCAGCUCCGGUCUUCACCACACAAACCCUCCCAUCUCUCUCUCGUCGUUUCUGAAGCUUCCCCACAUUAAUACACAGCUCUAAGAAAAAGUCAAAUCUACAAGAAAAUUCAUCAACCCUCCUCUCUCUCUUUGUAUCAGAAGCUUCCUGCGAUCAAGUUGAAAAGUUAAAAUUUUCAGAACUAAGGCACCCGAGAGAGACUAGAUCGGAAGCGAAGCAUUUUUUCUUUCGUUUAGCUUUUCUUUUUUCUCUUGGGAGGUAAUUAAAAUCAAAAUAAAAACUAAUAAAAAAAAAAGUGAGCUUAAUCUUUGAUCCUUCAACCCAAUGGACUCCGAGUUCUGGACCUCUCGCCUCGCGGCCGCCAAGCGCCAAUACACGCUCCAGCACCACCAUCAGAGCUCCCACUUAGAUCGGUUGAGCAUCGAUGAUUUUGAGGUGGAGGACGAGGUCCGACCCGACUUCCCAUGCCCGUAUUGUUACGAGGACUUCGACAUCGUGUCGUUGUGUUCGCAUCUCGAAGACGAACACUCUUGCGAGUCCAAAGUCACCGUUUGUCCCAUUUGCUCUGUUAAAGUUGCAAGGGACAUGUUAAGUCAUAUCACGCUGCAACAUGGACACUUGUUCAAGUUGCAGAGACGUCGUAGGUUACGUAGAGUAGCAAUUCCUAACAGUCAGGCACUGUCUCUCCUGGGCCGGGAUCUUCGUGAGGCUCAUCUCCAGGUGCUUCUAGGGGGUGGUGGAUAUCGGUCAAACAAUGCUAAUGUGUCUACUACAGCUACUGAUCCAUUCCUGUCCUCACUUAUUCUGAAUUUUCCUGCAUCUGAAGCAGAGGAGAUUUCAAAAUCUGUGGUAACCAGUGCUGAGGACACUUCUGCAAAAAACGCAGCACCUGCACAUAUAUGGAAAUCAAGUUUUGAUCCUUCUUUGAGCUACGAAGAGCGGGAAAAAAGGAUUAGACAAGCCACUGGAAGAGCCGGUUUUCUGCAAGAUCUGCUUCUGACAACUCUGUUAGGCGACUAAUAGAAGCAGUAAGUUGCUUCAUAAAUAAUUGAAUGUGAGUUGUUAAAACUGUUGAUAAGGGGGUAUCAUUGGAUGGGAUUCUAGCAGUUUAGCAGCACUAUGAGUGCCUGAUGGUUAUAUCCCAUUCUUGUUGGUAACCCACUUCGCCAGAGAUGCACUACAUUCUGAAGAAACAUUCCGAAAUGAUCUGUCAGUUAAGAUCAACUUCAUUUUAUGAAAUGCUUAUUAUGUUGCCUUGUAAACCCUUUUAAUGCAAAAUUUCCAGCGUAGCAACACAUUGGGCCAAUGCUCUGCCAGGUUCCAGUGGAAGCAGAUGAACUGAAGAGGGCAUGACCACUCAAGGAAAAUGUUUGGGGUAUUAUUGUAGCUUUUUAGUUUUUACAAUGAUUACUUUAUAAAUUAACGUCGCGGUGAAAUGAUUAAGUAAAAAAUUGGUGAUCC